CCUCACUCCUCACCCCUUUCCCACAACUCUUAGCAGGUUUGACUCUACACUCCAUGCACCAUACUUGUCAUAUUCAACCCUUCGCUUCCCUUCGGUCCACCUGCUUCCCUGAAACCUCUGUUGCGAUCGUUGCCAUUUCACAGCAUUUCCAACAGUCUCGGCCGUUCACUCCGAUCCAUCACAAUGGCCACUUAUAGUCUCGUUCAGUUGUUUGGCUGGCUAAUACUAGCCAACAUUCCCCUAGUAUGGUGCCUUCCGGUCAAGGAACGGGGAGGUUACAAGAUUUUGAGCGGUGCUACUUGGACGGGUUCGUCCACAUCCGUAGUAGAUGGCACUGCCUCUGGAACCCCCACUACAGCUCGUCCAAGCCAGGCUACGGCUCCAGCGAGUGCUCUGCAACCUACAAAUACUCAGACCUGCAACUUAUAUGUCGAGUUUUGCAAUCGGCGGUAUAGUGAUAUAACUUAUGUUGGAGCCCAUAACUCACCAUUUACGGGCGAAAAUAACCUUGCGGUGAAUCAAAAUUCGGAUGUGAAGGCUCAGUUGAAUGAUGGCAUACGCAUGCUCCAAGGACAAACACAUAGAGUGAACCAAACUAUAUACUACUGUCAUACCAGGUGCGAUCUGCUCAAUGCUGGGACACUUGAAGACUAUUUAAAGACAGUCGCGGAAUGGCUGCGUGAUAACCCUUUCGAAGUUGUCACCAUUCUGAUUGGGAACGGUAGCUUCCUCAAUGUCGGAAAUUACAAGGUGCCUUUAGAGAAAUCUGGUUUGGCGGAACUUGCAUACGUUCCAGAGAAGCAGAGCAUCAAAAUAGACCAAUGGCCAACACUCUCAGAAAUGAUCCUGAUGGGCAAGCGAGCUGUGGUUUUCAUGGACUAUAAAGCCGAUGAGGACGCCAUCCCCUAUAUUCUGGAUGAAUUCAAAUACAUGUGGGAAACACCGUUCUCGCCAACGGAUGAAAACUUCCCCUGCACGAUUGACCGUCCUUCGGACCAACCCAAGAAUGAUACACAAGGAAAGCUAUACAUGGCGAACCACAAUCUGAAUACCAAACUGUCAAUUUUUGGAAAAAGCGUCUUACUCCCUAACACUGAUAAUCUUAAUCAAACCAAUGGCGUUUCAGGGUUUGGGUCAUUAGGUCUCAUGGCAGACAAUUGCAGAGCCAACUGGAACCGGUACCCAAAUUUUCUUCUUGUAGACUUCUAUGACAUCCCCGACGGCUCCGUCUUCGAAGUUGCUGCCAGAGCAAACAAUGUUACAUACAGUUCUAGGCAAAAGGGACCGCAUGGAAUCUAUUGGACUAUAGUCCCAGCGCUUAGACCUCCGGUGCUAGCCAAGUUGAAACUGCGCACCAGAAACGAUUUACUAUGGCCCGCCGUCCAGCCCAAGGACGGCCCUCCUGCACUUUGACCGCCCUGGAUGGACUACAGAUAGCCAUCCUGUCUUGUCCAGGGCUCUUGGCACCCCCCCUGGCGGUUAGGAAUACUGGAUGUCACUUAUUCUCACGAACACAUUUUCCCCGGGACUGCAGAAUGGUGGAUGCAGUGGAAGGAGAAAAUCCACUGCCUCACCGCUGGCAAAGGCCACAAACCAGCUUUUAGUCCUUCCAACUCUCAGGCCGCCUUAUCUCUAAUGUUUUCAGGUCUGGUGGGAAACCGCAUUGUGGGUUGCUCCUAUAUGGACUUGCAUCAGGGGCUCGGUAUAAGGGGAGCUCAUUUGCGGCAUUUUUUUGUUUGGGGACAAGGAUAGGUAUUUAUUAUUAGGGGUUUAUUGUAGGUUAGGUGUGAGGGAAGUGAAAGAAUCGCUCGUGAUGGUGGUAAUGAUGGACACGGAGUGGAGCACGAAGGUGGGGUGACGGUGUCGGAGAAAGAGCGGACGGGUCAAAAUUUCCAGACAGAAAAGUUGGGUUUUGGGUUACGGACAUUGAGAGAUCAAAGGUUUGUUGGGCGAAAGUCUAGAAUAUGAAGCCUUGGUAGCAUGUGGGGAGGAUUGUGUGCUGGGGAGUUCUAUUCUGGGGGUAUCAUACCGACUCUGUUCCACGGCAUUCCGAUCGGCGGUGGCGGGGGCUUACUGUGCAUUUAAAAGUCUAACUUCUCCCAUCUUCAGUAUAACCGCGCGUGGUUUUUUGCUGAUGGCGCAUUCUAAGUUUACGGCGAGUUAUCCUGCUGCAUUGUAUUGUAUUGUCUCUAUGUAAAAUUAACGCUCUACCGCUAAGCUUGGGGGAGUGAUGAUCUGUGGCCCGAUUAUGGAAUAGAUUGUAAAAUAGCGGAGGAAAGAGUAAGGUAGUGAGUAAUACAGUACUGUACAGUACAGUACAGUGGGGGGAAAAAAGCGCAUGAGUUUACCACUCGCAGAAA